AUGAGUCCACAGUGGAUGCCUCAAAAUAUCCAAAAGCGUCUUCUACUCUAUGUUCUCCAGCAGCUUUCGCUCUUUUCGGAAAUCGACCUUCCCAACCUAGAAGAAGUCUCUCUCAACAAUAUAGUGCUAAGAGAUAUCUCUAUAGAUCCGGAGAAAGUAGGCAAGCUACCAGGCUGUAAUCUUCGUUUUGGCCAGGUAGGUACAUUGGAGUUAAACACAGUUACAGGAGGAACCAUUAUUGGUGGUGGCGGGGGUGUUAAUGUCGACGCUCGUGAUGUAGAAGUAGUGAUAUCUCCUGAUUUCGAUAUCAACGAAGAAGUGCGAAAAGAAGUGCAAUUUCUGUUAGCACAAAGUACUGCUGAUUUGGCCAAAACGAUUAUAAAAGAUAGCGACAGCGCUGCUGAAGAUGAAUCCGAUGAUACUGACGAAGAGAUCGUCGUUGAACCCAAGAAGUCGCGUUCGAGCAGUUCCUCUUCUUUCUCUGGCUCUACUUCUAAACCAUCUGCUUUAAGUGCUGUCAUGUCUCGCGCUGUGGAAAUGGCGCUUCUGCGUUUACAAAUCAAGAUCACCAACAUGAAGAUCAAAUUGGUUUCUGAGAUGACGGACUUGCUUUUUGAAGUUGACGAGGUUCUAAUCAACACCGUGAAUGGAACGAGAGUAGUGAAGAUCACUGGCGUAAGGCUGAUGACUUUGAAGCCAAAUGUAAACCCGGGUGAAUUGGUUGAGAAAGUAGUUCAAAGUCCUCAGAAAGAUGAUACUAGUGAUAAUGAAGAAGAUGACAGUAACUAUGAAGACGAUAACAAUGAUUACGGCGACGAAUCGCUCAUGGAUAGUAUGGUUUUCACGCAUGAAGAGGCAAGUUCCAUCUAUUUGAGCGCUACCUCUCAGUCUUUUCCACGACCGACUAGCUAUAAUGUAGAUGAAGGAGAAGUUCAUGUUGGAAAUGAGUCUGUAUCUUCAGAUCCUCCAGCAAUCUUCCAUAUGGACUAUUGUGAUGUUGAGUUUGAUGGCCUCAGUAAUGUUUCCAAUUUGAAGAUCGAUAUAGGAACUAUCAAAGUAGCGACAACUCCAUUGGCUCCAACCAUCAUUUCCAUACUCAAUGGCAUUACCAGAAGCUUGAAGAUAAAAAAUCAUCAGAAAUGGACCCAACAAGCUCUCAAACGCCAACAGAACUCGAGGUUUCCUCAAUAUGCUGAGACAACUGAUGAGUUGACAGAUGACGAAGCUCUGUCUAAAGAUGGAGAAAAUACUGAUCCUUUCUUUAAUAAGCUUCAUAUAAGAGAUAUUAUUAUUAGUACCACUUCAGCGUUGAGUCGUGAUGGAGUCUUUGCUUCCCCCGACAAUUCUAUCAAUUUUGUAUUACACAAUCUGAACAUCAAGCAGAAAAAUGACAUGCUCAUUUAUGGGGGAGUUGAGACUUUCAGAAUAGAACAAGUGAAGGAAGGAGUAACCACCGAUAUAUUUACCUUUGAGUCACCAACGGCAGCUACUCAUGCAGAACAAUCUCAAUCACAACCAGAUUCUGAAGGAGUAUCUUUUGCUCAUGGGUCUCCACCUCCUCCAAUACGUCCAAUGUCUCCUCUGAGUAUUCUGUCUAUGUCUUCUUCUGGUUCUAAAAGUUCAACUCUAAAAGCCGAUCUUCGUUUUGAGAUAUUUAAGAAGCUUGAGGAGAAUGUAGUCACCAUAGAGACAACAGCGUUACUCUCUAAGACUGCUUUGUUGACUUUGGACUUGAACAGCUCUUUGAUUCUUUCCAAUUUCAUUACGGCUAUGAAUUCAAUCCAUUCUAAUUUCAAAGUAUUGAUGGCAACGAUAGAAAAUCUCAGCAAGCAGCAAUCUCCAAAGAAGCAAAAGACACAUACAAACGCUGCAGAAGCAAUGACAACAAAAACUCAAUUUAUAUUACAAACAUCUCCAAUUAUCAUGAGCGUUAAAUUCACACAAGAUUUGUUAGUCAAAGCUAUCAUUUUUCCCAUCUCAUAUAAUUUACAACAGAAUCAGCUAAGUAUUUCCAAGAUUUUGAUCAAUACAACUAUCAGAAAUGAAAGGGAAUCCACUACUAUAACAAUAUCGAACAUAGUACUAUUAACAAAAUUGCACGAGUUCAAGUCGUUUAUUAAGAGAAUUGCUAAUCCAAGCAAUGCCAAUCCUAUACCUCGUGAAGUACAAGUAACAGCUUCGUCUAACCUAUUUAUAUCAAAGAUCAUGGUUAAUAUAGCUUUGAAAGAAUUGAAAUUUGUGAUAUCAAAUAUAGUAUCAUUUUAUGAUUCAUUUGCUUCACUUUCAGCAAAACAAUCAAAUUCCUUGGAAAACUCGGUUCUUGACUUUGUAAGAGACAGAAGCCAUAAAUUAGAGAUUUCGCUGAUACUUCAACCUCCUGGUCAAAGCAGAAGAAGAAUUGGACCUGGUUUUGCCAGUCCACAUCUCAGUAAUCCUACAUUCGUAAACAUUAGCCGGAACAAUAUUGCUUCUUUCCGCUGUUCAAUCAAAGAAGUGGAGUUGAAUCUCGUUCAGGUGUUGCCUAAGUUUGGAGGACUUACGCUAAGAUUAAAGGAUAUUUUGUUAUACGAACAAAAGAACGAUAUCAACGGCUCUAUUCUCUCUUUUGAUAUUGUGAGAGUGGAUGACGGACAGUUACAAAAGUUUGUCUAUGAGUUCCAGGAAUUGCCCUUGGAAUCAAUUCGCUUACCACUAAUAAUGAUUCAUUGCAAGAAUACUGAAAAAAUAAGUACUGUGGAUGUGGUUAUUCGCAAUGUUCUAGUCGAGUAUUAUACACAAUGGUUAUUGUUGCUCGAUGAUUUUGAAGCAAACGAAGAGAAAUUGGCAGAAUUGGUAGUCGAGAAAGUCAAACCAGUAAAUCCAUCUUCAUCCCAGAAUCGAUUUGAUAUUCGUUUUUCUGUAUUUGACUGUAUUAUUGGCUUGAAUCCAGGAAGAUUGCCUUGCAAGAGUUAUCUUGUUGUCGGUAGAGGAACCUCUGAUUUCACAUUUGGAGUGAACCAAUUCUACAUCAAAAGUUCUUUCAGAGAUGUUUCCGCUCUCUUGAUUGAUGAUGUCAAGAACAAGGAAAAGAUGCCAUUGAAGGAUAACUCAACUUCUAGAUCAAGGAAGUCUCUUCCAACGAGUAGCUACACAUCCCCGUUGACUUUUUUUCUGAAUCUAGGUUAUAUUAUGAUAGGAGGUCUUAAUGUUGUUCACAUCGGAAUUACAUUCAACACUAAUAUUGAGGAGGUUAUGAAGAGGAAUGAAAAGUUAGGAAUCAGUGAUAACUUAUCGUUGAUUGAUCUCAAGAUAAAUUCCGAUGAACACCAUUUGGAAUUGUGCGCUGAUUCAACACAUGUUUUAUUGCAAUUGAUUAACGAUUUGAAACUACCUUUGAAUUUCAAGGACGACGAGAAAAUGAAAGUAACUGUGGAUAGUCUGAUUAAUCUAAUGGACGAUCUUGACGAGAAUCAGUUUCAACUCAAGAAGAGAAAUAUUUCCGUUGCUCCUGGAGUUGAAACUUCUUCUCUGUCGGCCGGUUCAGAAAACGAAAAUUUAGAGACUAUUGCAUUUGACGAGGACCAUUUUUCCAAAGCAAGAAACAAAAUUCCUAAAGGUUCUAAAGUUGACCCUUUCAAGUUGAAUAUCAAUCUCUCAAAGACAAAGAUCUAUUUGUAUGAUGGAUAUGACUGGAAAGAUACGAGGAAAGCAGUUCGAGGAGCUGUGAAAAGAGUUGAAGCGCAGGCCAUGAAAGAGAGGCUCAAGAAGUUAAAGAAACAGACUGAUAAAGACGAUUACGAUGAAGAGGAUGAAUUCAUUGAAGAGACUCUAUUUUCCUCGAUUCAUGUUGGAAUUCCUAGAGAUGCUACAGACGCUAAUUUGACAGAUAGGAUCAAUAAGCGAGUACAGAGUAGUCUUCAGGAAACAGAUAUGACACCUGAAGAAGCUCAGAAGGCUCAGAUUAAUGUCGAAUUGGGUAAAAACUACAAAAAUUUGAAGUUGCGUAGAUCUAGAGUUCACAAGAUAAUGGCUGAUUUCACCAACAUUGAAGUUAAUGUGCUGGUGUACUCUACAAGAGAUCCAAGAAAAGAUCCCACUGAUGAAAAUCUACCAUACGAAUUGUUGAACGAUGUAGAAGUUAGACUUGGGACAGCUGAUGUUUAUGAUAACGUAGCUACUUCGACAUGGAACAAACUUCUCACCUAUAUGAACACUUCUGGCGAAGGAGAAAUUGGAAAAAGUAUGUUGAAAUUGGCUAUAACUAACGUCAGGCCAUCUCCCAAGUUGGUAUCCAGCGAAGCUAUAAUGAAAGUGCAAGUAUUGCCUGUAAGACUUCAUAUUGAUCAGGAUACUUUGGAUUUUCUAAUGAGAUUCCUUGAAUUUAAAGACUCUCGCUUCUCCUUGCCCUUGGAUGAAAUUGUUUACAUCCAAAAAUUUCAAAUCAGCCCAGUCAUGUUGAAGUUGGAUUAUAAACCCAAACGAGUUGAUUAUGUUGGAAUCAGAUCUGGUAACUCCGCUGAGUUUAUGAAUUUCUUCAUUUUGGAUGGCUCCACUAUCAAUCUUGCUGAAGCCACAGUAUAUGGCUUAUUAGGAAUGCCUAGUUUAGGCAAAGCCUUAGGUGAAGUUUGGGGUCCUCAAAUUCAGCAAACACAAAUUGCUGGUAUUUUAGCUGGUUUGGCUCCAAUUAGAUCGAUAGUUAAUAUAGGAGGUGGGGUCAAAGACCUUAUUGCAAUUCCUAUAAGUGAGUACAAGAAGGAUGGAAGACUCUUUAGAAGUAUUCAGAAGGGCACUCAGAAGUUUGCGAAAACUACAGGCUAUGAAAUCUUGAAUUUGGGUGUAAAGCUAGCUUCUGGAACGCAGGUUAUAUUAGAACAAGGUGAACAACUCUUAGGAGGAGAGGGCUCUGGUGCCAGACUACCAGCGUCAAGAGGAAGUAAUUCCCAGAAAUGUAAUGUGAACAAGCGUCUGUCCUAUAAAGUAGCUGCUAAGGUCGAUUUCAACAAACUACUUGCAAAUUCGCAAGUAUUGAAUCAAAGUGUUCGCGUAGACAGAGACCAGUAUGCCAACAAAAAGUUCUACUCGUACAUUGAUAUUGACGAGGAUGACGAUGAACUUGUCACCGGUAUCGAUAAAGAACUACUUAGUAAAUCCAUUUUCUUGUUACCAAGAGAUGACAACAGCAAGAAAGAAGGCGAGGAGGACGAAGCUGAUGAUAGCAGUGCAGAUGAAGAAGGAGAGAAAUUGAUUAGUUUAUACUCGAAUCAGCCCGAAAACAUACAAGAAGGCAUGAAAUUGGCAUACAAGUCAUUUGGCAACAAUUUGAAGAUCACCAAGAGGCAAUUGAUCAACUUGAAGAACGAAUUGAACGAGUCAGAGAACAUACAAGACUCGUUGAAGUCGAUUCUCAAAUCGUCGCCCAUAAUAUUCAUUCGGCCAAUCAUAGGAAGCACGGAGGCAUUAUCCAAGGCAUUGAUGGGAUUGGGUAACGAAAUAGACUCGAAACGGAUAGUAGAGUCUCGGGAUAAGUAUAGAUACAUCAAACGAGCCAAGGAUGAAGAUGUCUUGUGA